AUGAUGGGAAUUCAUUUUUUUGACACAGUAAAUCUUCAUUAUGGCUUGAAGAAGAAUCGUCGUAAACUUGUUACUUUAUCACAAUCAGACGAAUACGCAAGGAAUAAAUUCAUCUACAAGUAUGAAUAUGAAUUUAAGCAACAAUACAACCCUGUCUUUCGUUAUAUCCUUUUAUACACUAUAUUCUCAUCGUUCUUUACAAAAGUCGACUACUGUGCAGCUUUAAGUAUCAGUCCCUCCGUUACUCCAUUAAGAAAUGGAAAAAAUAUCGCAAAAAUUGAUAAAGAGGAACCUAUCCUAUCUCCAUUUAAAGAUGUUGAGAAUGGUAAAAUUUCUGACGCUACUAUGCCUUCUAUCGAUCCAUAUGCAUCUAUGCUUUUAAAAUCUUUAGAAAAAACCACUGGUGAUUUUAGUAAAGAAUAUUUAGAAACUGAAAAAAAGUCAAACGCGAUUCGGAAUGUUUUGCCAUUUGGAACUAAUUUCAAGUAUGAUACUAAGGAAGGGGCAUUUGAAAUUUCUGAAAACUGCCCUGUUUCAAUUGGUGGGGUUUUUCAAAGUGUUUUAGAUGCGGAAACUGAACUCCGUUACAAGUUUAGAGACAAUGUUUAUAUUGAUUAUAAAAUUCAAACAUAUGUAUCAAAUGAAACUGCAAAAAUAAUUGAUGCUAUUCAUAAUAAAGAUAUUAAAUCAUUAAGAGAAAAUCAUCAUCUAGUCUUCUCCAGGUUGAUUGAACCUUUGCGUUCUGUUUUGGCUAUUAAAAAAAUUGCUAAAGAUCAAUUGCAUAUCAUGGAAUCUUUUGAUAAGAAUUGGUAUGAGUCGGCUAAGCCUUCUGCCAAACUUAAAUUGGUUACUAAAAUUGAUCAACUUCUUGAAACUGUUCCAACCUAUAAAAGUCCUUCAUCGUUAUUUACUAAAGUUUCAGCGACUAGGGCAUUUUUAAAAUCAAAGUAUACUAAUGAACUCAUUAAUCUUGAAACUGAGAUUAGAGCUCAAAAGAUUAUUAGAGAAUACAUGCAAGGUGUCAAAGUCAUUCGUCAUUAUUCCAAUUUUACUCCAAUGUAUUUGGCGCCUUACUAUACUGAUUUAGUUCCAGCUCUUGGCAGCCCUUGGUUAAAUCAUCUAUUUGAUAAAUAUUAUAUGGCAACUGCGUAUGCUUCUGAAACAGAAUUGGCAGAAAUUUUGCCGUUAAUUAUGACCAGAUUUCUAUCAAUGGUUGAACAAAAUGCCGUUACUGUCACAAAUGAUGAUUUUCAAAAAAGUAUUUAUGCAUUUAGUUUAGCAGUCGGUAAAACAAUGAGAGAUAUAAAAGCGAAUAAAUAUAAAUUAAGUAAAACAGAAUAUUAUGGAUUCAUGGGUAUGUGUGAUGAGAAAUGUGAGGAAAAAAUUAUUUCUGAACUUAAUGGUAACUUAAUUAGAAAGGGUAAAAUUGUUAAAUUCUUGAGAAAAAAAUUGAAGUUGAAGAAAUUAUCUGUUAGCAAAGGAUUGAAAUUUAUUCGAUGGGUUACGAUGUAUCAAAAAACUGAAUUAAUGAUGAUGGAAACGUUUGCGGAAAAGGUUAUAAUUCAGUUAAUCCUCAGAACAAAUAAUGUUGAUAUGGAACAAAUUGCUAGGUAUAAAAUGGAUUCCCAGCGUAAUUUUAAAUUGAAUUUUGAUGUUAAAAGUAUCAAACCUCAUGAUCUUCAACAUACUAAUACGCCAAAUAAGUUACAGGGGCAUGAAUUCGUUGAGAAAAGUUUAAUGAAGAUGGUAAAGACUGUCGGGAAUAAACUUAGAAGAUUUAGUGGGAAUGCGGGUAAAAAAUUAUAUAAAAAUGUCAAAAGGAGAUAUCACUUUGGCAAAGACUCUAUUAAGAAGUUUCCAUUGGUAAAAUGGAUUCUUUCUGGUAUUAGUAAUCUUCAUAAAAUGAGAAAAACCUCCGGGUUUAAUCUAUGUUCCACAUUUACCAACGUUCUAAAGCCCAGUUUAGGUUUAGAUUCCAACAUCCUUUCAACCAAUGCUUUUGUUAAAGAUUUAGUUGAAGUGAAACAUGACAAUGAGGUUCUAUCCGAUUGGUAUAAUCAUACAAUGCAAACAUGGAUUCAAAUUUCGAGUGCACAUAGUUCAUUACAUGGAUUUGAUCCUCAGGUGGAUAAGAAUGUUUCUAUGUCUAAAUCAUUGGGCGCUUUAUUUAGAUGGUUAAACUCAUCCGAAAGCAGUAGUUUUACAUUCACUAAUAAAGAUAAAACUGUAUUAUCGUCUUUAUCACUUCAACUUGCAUUUUUUAUGGAUAGUAGUGUUAAGGGAUAUAAGAAGAGUAGUUUUGGUAAAUUUUUGACUAAAUUUGGAAACAUAUUCCGUAUGGGCAAAACAUCUACUGUUGCUGAUAAUUGGCAUGGUUUAAAUGAUGCCCUUGAACCUAAAGCUGUGGUAUCUAGAGCAAAAUUUGUUAAUGGUUCAAGAGCAGUACUAGCUUUAGUGAAAAUGUUUGAGGAUAAAUUUAUUGUAAAACCAGCUAUACCUGCGAGAUUAGUUCAAUUAAUAGUAAUAUUUAUUGGUAUGUGGACUAAGAAUCAACAAGAACAGUUAGAUUUAGCAUCUGCCAAAAUAGAACCUGCAAGAAAAUAUUUUUACGUGUCAUUAUUAUCCAAUAAUGGAAUACCUAAUGAGGCAACAAAAAUGAUUAUUAAACAUUGCAAGGUUAAAUCUAGGAGGAAAGCGUUGCAUUUGGGAUGUAUUAAUAAAGUGAAUGGUAGAAAUGUUAAGUGUAGGCCUGUUAGAAUUAAACUUACUAAAUUAUCUUUGUUAAAGGUUAUUGAAGAAUUACAGGGGACUAUGGAUGAUCCAUUAGAUAUGUUAAGGAUAGCAUCCGAUUUGUCUAAGAGAUGCCAAGCUCACAAUACUCAAAAGGCGGUUAAUUUGCCGCUCAAGAAGACAUUUUAUAAUAAGAUUAAGAGAAAACUUUAUGGUCAAGAAGAAUAUACAGGUGCUGCAUUAUUGGCAAGUGAAUUUUCUCAAAGACUCCACUGUUAUAAUUUGCAAAAGAAAGUUGCUAAGCAACUUGUUAGUAAAAUGAGGGGUGUUUAUGAUAUCGAGAAGAUCAAGGAGAUUUUUGGCAAAUUGUUGUACGAGUACCAAAGCAUGGAGAUUAAAAUGAAGUCACAGAACGAUUUUGGUGCUCAUAAGUUGAUGUGUCAAUUUAUGGAUGCAAAUAAUCCGAAGAUUGUCAAAGUUUUUAAAGAAAGAUUACUGAAAUAUGCAGUAGCUCAUAGUGGUGUUGUAGGGAAGCGCAAUUUAACAAAAGAUGAGAUCGAGUCCAUAGUUUCUUUUGAUAUCAAAUCGCAAAAUGAAUAUGCUAAAGAGAUACAUAAUUAUCAUAGUUACAUUCUAGUUGGUACUCGUGUUUUCAAUUCCAUAACAUACAGCGGAGGAUAUCCGCCAAAUCAUGUAUUUGAAGCACAAAAACAGGUGCAAAGUAACGGAAAAGUCCGUUCAGUCUUCAAUGGAAGUGGUUUUGUUGAUGAAUUGGAAGAACUUAAGAUUACGGACCCAAUUAACAACAUUACAAUUGAAACGAUGUCUGGUGAGGCAUCAUACCGUCGUUUCUAUCAUCUCACAACAGGUGAAAAAUUAGACGAAUAUGAUUAUGCACUGAAAGCGAAUAAUUUCGUAGUCACAGGGUCUGUUUUAACAACUUCCAGAGCGUUAGCAGAAAAUGGCUAUGAGAGUGGUAUGAUAAUAUGGUGUGGUUAUAAACAUGGAUGGGUUGCAGAUUUUGCUCUUAGAGAUGUUAUACAUGACAUUAAUGCGGUACCUCUAUUUAAUGGGAGGAAUUGGGUAUUGAGUACCGAGACUAGGGUUAAAGAUUUUAUUGGCAGUGAUGGCAAAAAAAAUACCUUCGGUAUUGGUAGUGAUUACUUGGAUAAAAAAUUGGAAGAUAUUAAUGUGGUAUAUAAGUUUGAAAAUGGUACAAGUUUUGACGCCAAAACUCAAAAUACUGCAUCAUAUCCGACGGACAUAUUUGGUAAAUUUGAUCCUGUGAAUACUGUUCAGGGGAAUCAGCCUCCAUUAUUUUCAACAACUUCAGCCGAUUUACUCCCAGGCGCAUUAAGUAAUUUUGUGAAGGGAUCUGAAUUUAAAAAGGAUACUAACACAUUGAUCGUCGAUUUAAAUGCCCCUGAUAAUGUUAUCAAGUCAAAUACGGGAGCUAUAAAUUUGAUUCGAUUCAAUAUGCCUCCCAAUGUCAAUUUUGAAUCGAAAAGCCUGCAUAAGGUUAAUUGA